AUGCUAUUAUGUAUAGCUGCUAUUGAUCCCAAAAAGGGUUGGUCAGCUAAUUUCGUUGAUAUGUUAGGAUUCAAGGAUGAAAAGCUUACUGACCAUAAAGUUGGAAAUGUUUGUGCUCAUGUUGUUCAUCUAGUUGGUAGUGGUCUAUCGAGUCCAUACCUUUCAUUUGCUGCUGGUAUGUGUGGUUUAGCUGGGCCACUUCUUGGUCUUGCCAACCAAGAAGUUUUGGAGCUAAAAGAUGUAGCUGGCGCAAAGAUCAGUGAACACGCCAGAAAAGUCAAAGAUUUUCGAGCAGUUCAUGGAAGUAAGGUUGUUGGUGAAGUUACUGCAGAUAUGAUCUAUGGUGGUAUGAGAGGAAUAAAAGCAUUGGCUACUGAAACCUCUUAUUUGGACCCUGAAGAAGGUAUUAGGUUCAGAGGUUAUUUAAUUCCUGAAUGUCGAGAUCUUUUACCCAAAGCACCCGGUGGUCAAGAAUCUUUACCAGAAGGAUUAUUCUGGCUUUUAUUGACUGGUGAAGUGCCAACAGAAAACCAAGUAAAGAAUCUAUCAAAAGAAUGGGCAGCUCAUGCAGAUUUACCUAUAUCAAUCUUGAUACGCAAUUAAUGGCCUUGAUUAAGAAAAUUAAGGUCCAAAAUUGAGGUAAUAGUUUAUUGAUUCAACGACUGGCAUAAAUUACAAAGAUAUAUUUAGAUGUCUAAAAGUGUUUGUCUUUUUAUUAAUACCAUAAAUAAAGCAAGUUAACUACUUGUA